AUGCAGGCUGCUUUCGUUGCCGUCUUCCUGGCCUCUGCCGCGAUCCCUUCGCAGGUUCAAGCCAGGACUGGGCUUGUGCAGAGUAAGAGCACCUUGCGGGCGACUGCAAAUGUCGACCUUUUCCAGAAAAACCUGCGUGAUGCCAUCGGCGACAUGUUAGGCUGUGGACAGGGCAAUCAGCAGAACGACCUGGACACCAUCGAGAAGAAAGUGUUGCCGAUCUGGAACUCUCUCCCGAAGAGCGCAAACGGGCGCAUCGAGCGCCCUCUUCUUCGUUACAUUGUCUACCGCUACUUCAUGGGCACGUCUUCGCUGGUGAUCCGCGGGUUCGAGCAGUCUUCGCCGGUGAACGAGUCUGCGGCGCACAUCCUCAGCCAGCAGGUGCCCGCGUACGUGGAGGCCGUGCUGCAGUCGCAGCAUGCCCAGGACCACGGAUUCGACCUUCAGGAUGCGGUGCACGUGGUGGCCCUGCUGAGGAAGCUCAUCGCCGACAGCGACACGCAGGCGCUCGAGACGAUUUACAAUCUUCGCGGCGAGAAAACCAAUGUGCCUCUCAGCCGCUAUGGUCUGCACGUUGUCCUGCGUGACUAUUUGGUACAGUGGCUUAUGUUUGAGGACUCGGAGUCCCUGAAAGAAUUCCAGAGGCACCCUGAGAGGCUCAACUCAGAUUUCCCACAGUGGCACCGGAUCAUGAUGUUCAGGGACGGGCUGGUCAAGACUUUUGAUUACAAUCGCCACCGUGCUGGGAAGGGAUUCAGCCAGUACACUUUCAGCGACGUCCAAGAGAUCAUCUCGUCUAUACGAUCAUCUUUCGCAUACUUCUGGGAUGACAUGUGCAUUGAGAUGAGGACCAUGCUUGUAAAUAUGGACACGUACAAAACAGGCCGCGUGCCGCUCAAGAUGUUCUACUCCAGGCCGUUCAGCAGGGAGUGGCGCUUCGCCGAGUCGGAAGACUACCUGCGUCAGUUAGGCGCACUGGACGAGACUUCCCUGUGGCACAGCUCGGAGGUGAUCAUCCCGGGGUCCGCGGACAUCGCGGCCGCUUCCAACUGCGCCGUCGUUCAGCCGCACUACCUCGUGUGCUGCGCGGACUUCUGCGACGGCAUCUUCAGCGAGCUCGAGGCGGGCGUCGGUGGCCCCGUGGCGCCUCCGGAGCAGAUCCUGAACCUCGUCGGCAACAUGUCGAGGCAGAACGACGACCUCGACGACGAGGAGAACCCGCGGCUGCGUGGCUCGCUGUCGCGCCAGCUCGACAAGAUCGCGGCGGCGCACGGCGGCCAGGUCCCGCUGCACGGGCGCCUCUUCGCGCAGUGGCUGCACUACGCCUUCCCGCGCGAGUGCCCCUUCCCGCACAAGAGCGGCUCGACGAAGCAGGUGCUGCCCAAGAGCUUCGAGGGCGACCACUACAUUGUGCGGGAGGAGGACAGGCUGAGGCACCUGGGCGCCGAGCCCCUCGGCAUGCCGAUCGAGAUCGAGAAGGACACAAUGCAGUGGAUGUCGCAGUGGAGCUCAGAGGAGGAGCUCCUGUCGGACUACACCACGGCCAUGCGCGACCCCUCGGCGGUGGACUGGCUGACGGUGGCUGGCGUAGUAAUCUUCCUUGCCGCGCUCGCUGCUGGAGUGGUUGGUGCACGGGGCCAGUCGGGCGCAUCGACGCACCGGAAGUCCCACUUCGUGUGA